GAGCAUCGUGGGCUGUGUUAACGGUGCGGUGUGGCUAUACACAAGUACAACGAAAGGAAAACUGCAAGUGCAUUUUAAAUAGCGAUUUAAAACAUCCUUGCUCUGCUUAAACAUUCGAUUUAUUUCAUACAGAAUUCUGGACAUUUACAUCGGCAUCACGUGCUAGGUGAGACACUAUGGAUAUUUUCAAAGAAAACACUUUUUCCGAUGACGUCCUGCCCGUUGUCAUUGUUGGUAAUGGACCAUCAGGCAUUUGUCUGUCUUACUUGCUGUCGGGAUACACGCCUUACUGUUCCCCCGACGGCUUCCAUCCCAACCCCAUUUUGCGUAACAAACUUGCAGAGAACCACCAUCUGUCUCUGUUUGAUCAGGAUCUAGAGUACCUUUGUGAAGGUGUAGAGGGUCGUUCAUCCAACCCUGUGGCUGUGCUUUUCGAUGCCCUCCUUCUCCCUGAUGGUGACUUUGGAGUGGACUGUGCCUCACCACUGAUAUGGCGUUACGAGCCACAAAGGGCCACGCCCCAUCUUGUAUUGGGGAAGGGGCCACCUGGUGGGGCCUGGCAUGCAAUGGAGGGCUCGAUGUUGACUCUCAGCCUGGCUAACUGGAUGGAACUUCCUGGUAUAAAACUAAAAGACUGGAUGCGAGAUAAACGAAAGUAUGAAAAGAAAAUAAAUGUGCGUAACGACCGAGCCACACCAGCUGAGAUUGCAUCCUACUACCAGCACUAUGUAAGCGAAAUGGGACUGGAGAAAAGCUUUGCUUGCGGGACCACUGUAACCUCAGUCCAUCGGGUUUCCCUGGAAUCCGCUCACUCCGUCUGGAAGAUCCAAGGCAUCCAGAGGACAGCUAAAGUUGAAGGAAAGGAAGAGAUGGAAGUUCCAUUCUCUGUUUAUGCAGAGAACGUGGUGCUUGCCACAGGAACCCAUGACAUCCCAGCACGCCUUGGCGUGGAGGGCGAGAAUCUACACUUUGUGUGCCACAGCUUCUGGGAGCUGGAGGCCGCCAUUUCCUCAGGGCGUUUGGACCGUGCUUCGGAGCCGGUUCUUGUAGUUGGUGCUGGGCUGACAGCGGCAGAUGCCGUUCUUGCGGCUCACCACUUGAACACGCCCGUAUAUCACGCCUUUCGGCGACCGGUGAACGAUCCGGCACUCAUAUUCAACCAGCUUCCCAAACUCCUCUACCCUGAAUACCACAAAGUGCACCAAAUGAUGAGCCAGCAGCAACAUAAACUGGGAGAGGCGUUGGAAAAUUUGUCCAACCAACCUCUAACCUCACCUGCCGAUGGCACAAGCCCUUACAACAGUUACCCUGGUUACCUCAGUUUCCCUAAGCACCACGUAGUUGCCUUCAAACCUGAUGGCAAAUGUGUGCUAGAGGGUGAAGGAGGGCUACAAACAGUAUUGCAAGUGUCAAUGGCACUCAUUUUGAUUGGUGCACAUCCCAACCUAUCGUUUCUCUCAGAACACGGUCGCCUGCUGGGGCUAAACCCAGAAGAGCCAGUCAGCUGUAGGCGGAAUCCUUUAGACGUGGAUCCGUACACGUACGAGAGCAUGAAGGAGCCAGGAAUGUAUGCAAUAGGACCACUGGUGGGUGAGAACUUUGUGCGAUUCCUAAAAGGCGGCGCUUUAGCCAUUGCAUGUGACAUCGCCCGCAAACAGAAGACGAAACGACAAAGUGCGACGGAGAGUUCCAACACCAACUCAUUAAACAUUGAACUGACCAACUGCACCUUAGAAGCAUAAAAAGACUUUGAGAGUACAUAAGAUGGAAAGACUUUUAAGGAGUAAAGGAGUGGAUGAUGUUCUAUGUACUGUAGGUAUCUGCUCAACUUCCUCCCAUCAAUAUAGAAGUACCGAAACAGAGUACAACCCAGUGAUACUGCCCCGAGUUAUGGAAAUAAAGGAGAACGGCAUAAGAACCAGAUUGUCAUUCUGACAUGCAAUUCAGUCUGCAAAUGCACUGACACAGAUUUUUACUGUCAAUGACUAACUAAUGUAGCAGCAACUCUAAACAUUAAUCUGCGUCUAUGGACAGAAGGUAGCUGCUUUUAAGACUUCAGGGAGUUUCUUGUACGUGGCUGCUCAUUCGAAACACUACACAUGUUCUCUCAGCAAUCAUGCUCCGUCGUGCCAAUUGACAUUUGUACUGGUUGUGUUUUCAGAUUUCUUCAUGUGAGGAAAACUCAAAACUAAACUUUGCCUAGCAAAUGCUGCUGUUGUAUCGAUGUUGGUAUCAACAUGCCUGUUUUCUUCUUUGUAGAUGAAUGUAUUAAACACAACGAACCUAUUUUUAACAAA